UUUUUUUUAAUUUUUUUCUUUUUCUUCUCGGUUUUGUUCCUUAAUUAGUUUAAAUAAAAAUAAAUAAAGAAGCAAUAAAUUAGAUCUUUCCUUCUUAUUUAUUUUUCCUUCUUAUUUAUUUUUUUAUUAUUUUUCUUUUUCAUAUUUAAAAAUGGUGGCACAGGCAACAUUUCUACCAACUGAACCCGAAGAGAUUUCGCAAAACCCUUUUUAUUUGAAUGAAAGACCUAAAAGAUGGAAUAUUAGAGAUGAUCCAAUUACAUGGUCAAAUUGGUAUAAACACAUUAACUGGUUACAUACCCCUUUACUUAUCGGAAUACCGGCGAUAGGCUUAUAUGGAGCAUUCACAACUAAACUUACAGUUUAUACUGCUAUAUGGGCUGUUAUAUAUUAUUUUAUCACAGGAUUAGGCAUUACUGCUGGAUAUCACAGAUUAUGGGCUCAUCGUUCAUACAAAGCAUCUAGACCCUUUGAAUUAUUCUUAAUUUUUGCAGCAUCUGGUGCAGUAGAAGGUUCAAUUCGUUGGUGGUGCCGUGAUCAUCGAGCUCAUCAUCGUUUCACUGAUACUAGUAAAGAUCCAUAUAGUGCCAAUAAAGGAUUAUUUUAUUCACAUAUAGGUUGGAUGAUGCUAAAACAAAAUCCGAAUGAAAUUGGAAGAGCUGAUAUAUCAGAUUUAAAUGCUGACCAAAUGAUAGUAAUACAACAUAGAUAUUAUGGUUUAUUUGCUAUUGGAAUGGGCUUUGUUUUACCUACUAUUGUAGCAGGUUUGGGUUGGGGUGAUUACUGGGGAGGAUUUUAUUAUGCGGCUUUACUCCGUUUAACAUUCGUUCAUCAUGCAACGUUUUGUGUAAAUUCAUUGGCGCAUUAUUUGGGAGAUCAUACUUUUGAUGAUCGACGUACUCCUCGUGAUCAUUUCAUAACAGCCAUAUUAUCACUUGGUGAAGGAUAUCAUAAUUUUCAUCACGAAUUUCCACAAGAUUAUCGUAAUGCUAUUAGAUUUUAUCAAUAUGAUCCAACUAAGUGGCUGAUUAAACUUUUAUCAUAUGUUGGUGGUACUCAUCAUUUGAAAAAAUUCCCCGACAAUGAAAUUAAAAAAGGUAAAUUUUUAAUGGAACAAAAGAAAUUGGAUCAAAAAAAAUUAUUACUUCAGUGGGGUAAAGAUAUUUCUAAAUUACCUGUUUUCACCUUCGAAGAAUUUCAAGAUGGAGCUAAAACAAAUAAUUGGAUUUGCAUUGAAGGAAUCAUUCACGAUGUUUCAUCAUUUAUUAAUGAACAUCCUGGUGGUAAAUCAUUUUUAACAACUUCAAUUGGUAGAGAUGUGACCACAUAUUUUAAUGGUGGUGUUUAUGAUCAUUCUAAUGCCGCUAGAAAUUUAAUGUCAAAUUUAAGAGUUGGUGUCAUUGCUGGUGGUGGCGAAGUUGAACAUAGGAAAACCAAAUAAAAACAUAAAAGUUGACACAUGCGCGUAAUAUUGUUAUAACAUAAUGUACCUUUUAAAGCAUACAUAUAAUCCAUUGUAUUAAAGUAGAUUACGUAAUUAUGAUAUAUUAUACUAUGUUCAAAAUCAAUUUAAUCAAUUUAUAUAAUAUAUAUAUAUA